ACUCAGGCUCAGCAGAAACCAGCAGAACCAGAACCGGCUCCGGGACCCGGGACUCAUGAUGAUGCAGCAGCAGAUACAGCGGGAACCAACAUCCUCCUCCAGCUCAGCCAAUCACGUGCUGCGCAGUCUGUCAUGUGACCAGCUGCCGCCGCUCACACUCCACGAGGCACCGGCAGAAAAGUGGGCGGAGCCUGUGACCAUCUUCCCUGAGUGUGAUGAUGAUGACGGAUCCCACUUUUAUUCUUCAUCAUCAUCUUUAGACCUCACUCACACACACACACACACACACACACACGCACUCUCUGAUGACUGAGUGAGUGAGUGAGUGAAUGAACGGUGAGGUGAUGGAGGGAGAGCCGGCACCGCAGCAGCAGCAGCAGCAGCUUCUCUCCUCCUCCUCCUCCUCCUCGUCGCUCGCGCUCCUCCCGCCUCCUCCCACUAUCUCACCGGCGGUUCCUCCGGUCGUGAAGCUCGGUCUCACCGUGGUCUACACCGUGUUUUACUCGCUGCUCUUCGCCUUCGUGUACGCGCAGCUGUGGCUCGUGCUGCGUUACCGCCACAAACGCUUCAGUUAUCAAACUUCGUUUCUGUUUCUGUGUCUGCUGUGGGCCGCGCUGCGCGCGCUCCUCUUCUCCUUCUACUUCAGAGACUGCGUCACCGCCAACGCGCUCGCGCCGUUCGCCUUCUGGCUGCUCUACUGUUUCCCGGUGUGUCUGCAGUUCUUCACGCUCAGCCUCAUGAACCUCUACUGCGCACAGGUUUACUUUAAGGCUAAGUCCAAGUAUGCGCCUGCUCUGCUCAAGUACAGACUCCCUCUGUACCUGGUCUUCCUCGGCGUCAGUCUCCUCUUCCUGGUGGUGAAUCUGGUCUGUGCCCUGCUGGUGAAGAUGAGCACCACCGACGUCAAGACCAUCGUCCUGGUGAGGGUCACCAUUAAUGACAGCCUGUUUGUCCUCUGCGCCGUCUCGCUCUCCGUCUGCCUCUACAAGGUCGCCAAGAUGUCGCUGGCCAACAUUUACCUGGAGUCAAAGGGGACCUCGGUGUGUCAGGUGACUCUGAUCGGCAUUAUGGUGGUGCUGCUUUACGCCUCCAGAGCCUGUUACAACCUGGUGGUGCUCGCCCUCGCCAACAUCGAGACCGUCAACUCCUUCGACUACGACUGGUACAACGUCUCCGACCAGGCGGACUUGCGUUCGUCACUGGGAGACGCCGGUUACAUUGUGUUCGGCGUGAUCCUGUUUGUGUGGGAGCUGCUGCCGACCUCGCUGGUCGUCUUCUUCUUCAGGGUCCGGCGUCCUCCUCAGGACCGGAGUUCAGCCGGGAUACCGAACCACAUCCUCUCCUCCCGUGGUUACUUCUUCGACAACCCGCGCCGCUACGACAGCGACGAUGACCUGGCAUGGAGCAUUCCUCCCCAGAAUGCAUCAGCGAGUCUUUCGUCGGACUGUUACGACUGGAGCAGCCGCCACAGCAGCUUCACCGUCCACAUCGGCACUGACGACCAGCACCUGACCGCCACCGCUGGAGAGCUCCACCCCUACCCGUGACUCUGCCCCCCUCUGCACUUCUCGUUUGUUUAUCGUCACUCACGUUUGUCGCAGCGUAGAAAAAAACGUAGAAAAGAUGCGAGGAUGUUUGAAGAGGUUUCCUACACGGAUCUCACACACACACACACACACACACUGCAGCGCCACCAUCAGGCCAACAACUGCGGUGUAAACUUGUACCGAUUGUAGUGGCGGGGCUAAUGUGUGAUUGACAGCUAGUACUGUAAAAGUGGGGCAUUGUUGCAGGUCAUGUUUGUCAGGCUCCACCCCUCUACUUCCAAAUAUGGUUACUUCUAUACUUCUCCAAGACGUCACUGAUUAAAAUAUUUGUGGGCGUGGCUACACUGUGACUGACAGAGCGUUCCAGUUUCACAGAUGCUAAUCGGGUCAGGUGCUUGCUAAUCUUAGCAUUACAGCUAGUUUUGCUAACUAGCAAGCAAAUCUAGCCAGUGUGCUAAUGUUAGCAUGUUAGCUAACAUGAUUAAUAUUAGCAAGCUAAUCUGGUUUAAUAAACAGUGUUCGAUACAGAGAACAGGGUUAGAUGGAGGAGUUUCAUUCGCUGUGGUGACCCCUGAAGGGAGCAGCCGAAAGGAAAAGAAGAAGUUAGCAUUACUGCUAGUCUGCUAGUUAGCGAGCUAACUUGGUUUGAUAAACACUGUUAGCAUUGAAAUGUUUAUCGUAAACUCACUGUAGCAAAAGCAGCUGUUAGCCGUUGAUUCUCAGGGCAGCCAUUUUGAAUUGCAAACUGCAAGCUUGAAGAGCGUGAGCUGCACCUUUAACCUGUGUUUGCAAAACAUUUGGUGCUAUGAUGGAAAAAUUACAAAUGAAAGACGAGUGAACGUGUGGUGGUUUCCAUGGUAACGCCGUGUAGGAACUCUGCUUCAUAGACGUCCAUAUUUGUGUAAAAAAAAAAUUACUUAUCGCAAUGAACGUCACUCACUCAUUCAUGUGAAAUAAUGAACUAAAGUGUUUGUUGAGUGUUUGUUUUAUUUAAAAAGGAUAGAAUUAAGUGUGUAGAAAAGAACUCAAGAAUCAAAAAUAAAAGUAAAAGUAAAUAUUUUUAAAAUAAAAAACUACCUGACGCUGAGGAAAGCAACGGAUUGGUAGAAAGGCUGAAGGGGGCGGGACUUGUAGUAUGUGGUUAAAAUGGACUGAGAAAAUGACGUAAACUCUAUAUUUGUAACAGGUUUUUGUAAAUGAUUUGUACAGUUUGUGUUUUUCUGUGUGUUUGGUGAUUCCCAAAAACAACAAUAAAAGGACAACGUUCUGUCAUGUCAA